AUGCUUGCUAGACUAGUGAUUCUCGUAUCUAGCAUGGUCCUGCUGCAUUCGGCCUACUCCGCCUGGCAAGCCCGGAUAGCCGCAGAUACGGGUGGCUUCGAGGUGGAGAGCAUCCUCGGCGCGCGGAUCCCCCCAGACAUCCUCGUCGAAGCCGUCAGCUCGUUCAUUACACUCGUGAUUGGCAUACUGUGGAGCGCACCGGCCUUGAAGGGCGUGACGUUCGCGAGCGAGAUGAGUUCUCGCUCGGUAGAUUCGACAGACUCGGGCAUUGCAUUCGCCAAUGUACGGCAUCGAGGGUCGCUCCUGUUCGGACAGGAAACGAAGUCUUUUUUUUAG